GUCCGAAGAAGAUUCGACGAUUAUACAGUAUGCUAGUAUAUUGUCGUUUAUAAAUCCUGUCAGUAAUUUCACGGCCCUGCUACUGUAUUUUGGACGUAACCACUUGUAAUAAGACGAGGAGCCACAUUUUGUGCCUCAUUUAUGUGGACUAGCCUAUGGCUGUAGCUAAUGCUAGCUACCAAACAUCAACAGGAAGUAGUAGCCGAGCUAAAAGUCCAAUGUCGUGCUCUUUGAGCUCUCCAGACAUGAAUUGUACUUUGGAGAAAGUCCUGACCGAUGCCAAAUCAUUGGUCGAAAGGCUCCGCAACCAUGACAAGGCAGCAGAGAUGUUAAUCGAGCAGACGACAUUUCUCAAUAAGCGGGUGGAUGCCAUGAAGCAGUAUCAAGUGGAGAUUGACACACUAAACCAGGUUGCACGUCAUCGGCCUCGAUCCAGUCUGAUCCUGGGCAUCCAACAGGAAAAUCGUCAAAUUAGAGCUCUCCAGAUGGAAAACAAAGAGCUACGGACGUCGUUGGAGGAACACCAGUCUGCCCUGGGGCUCAUCAUGAACAAAUACAAGGAGCAGAUGUUUCGGCUGCUCAUGGCCAGGAAGAGGGACGACCCCACCAUUGUGACCCAGCUGAAGGAGCAGCACACAACGGAACUCCAAGCACAUGUCGACAAGAUCAACGAGAUGGCCUCAGUCAUGAGGAAAGCGAUAGAGGUGGAUGAGGGGCAGAUAUGUGAAGAUGAGGAGCGGAUCAAACGGCUCGAGCUGGAGAACAAAGGACUGAGAGAGCUGCUCGGAAUCAGUCGCGAAGCAUUCCUGAUCCUGAAGAGAGAGGAUGCAUCAGAGAGCACGUCGCUCUCGCCGCCAUUGACCAAUACUGAACCUAGUUUACAAAAGAGUUAAGAGUAAAGACUGGACUGACCAUCCAUGCUUGCACUACAAUGUGUUGUGGAUGCACCAGUUUUCCUCCAUGGACCCACCCCACCCUUAACUGGCAGUGCAUCUACUGUAUGACCCUCCUCAAGAACUGCAUUUGAACAAUCACUUUUGUCCUUUUUUUUUUGGUACUUGUUUUAGGUUUAACAGUGUGGCGAGCAAAGCCUGCGGCACUUGCAAUAACUUGAAAGUGUGAGUGAGAUCAAGGAAAAUGUGAGCUAGAAUAAAUACAUGACUAUCCAAUACA